UGUCAUGGGACCUUUAAAAACAGAUGGGUCUCCAUCCUGUAGCACAGUGCAGUGCUCAGAGUUUUAAGUUAAGUUGUAAAACAAUACAAACAUUUGCUAUCAUUUUAAUAGCCUGACAUUAAGCUAAAACUUCUUAAGUUAAACAAAACACAAAAACAAUGUCACUUUGUUGUUUUAUUUUUCUCACUAUUUAAAGGUUCAUACAACACCUUCAAUAUAUUUUCUGGAAUAACUGGGGAAAUAAAUGAACAUUACAAGUGAGUUUGAAUUAAGUCAACUUGGACUUAAUUGCAUUGAACUUAAAAAUAUGAAGUGUAAUAAUUGUGCAAAACGAUUGCACCUGUAAACUACUUAAAGGAGCAUUUCACCGGUGGAGAAAUGAAUAUGUAUUGGAAUUGGGUCCUAUAUGUAGUUGAGUAAUGAAAUAAAUGUCGAAUUUGGUGCCGUCUUGACCGAGAAAAGGCAGAAAGUGACUUUUUGUCGCUUGUGGAUUGAAGACAACAACUCCCACCAUGCACCCCGAUGCACAGCUUCGCAGGCCACUCCCACUGAUCUAGAUCUCUGCCUAUCAGAGACCUCGCGGUUCCGUCUACCAAGCUGAUACCGCAAGACAGCUGGAAAAUCAAUUCAAACCACAUUUCUAGUGAACACUUGUGAAGUCAUUAGCAAAUUACCCCUCGUUUGUACUUCGUUCUUGUGAAAUGGUGAACUUUUGCAUGGUGCUGGGAUGUUCAAGCAGGACAAGGAAAGGACAAGCAGUUAGUUCUCAUCGCCUACCAAUAAGAGAUUUGGAGCGUUGCAAACAGUGGCUACAGGCUAUCAAUCAUCCGAAUUUUGGAGAAGACACAGCCAUGGAAGGCAUAAAACUGAAGAAGGUUUGCAGCUUCCAUUUCAAGCCGGAAGAUUUCAAAUUAAAUGUCCUGGGAACGAAGAGAGCAGCUCUUUUGAACACCGCAAUUCCGUCAAUAUUUACAGUUCCAUAUGACGAUGAACAGCCCGGGAUGUCUACAACUAGCAGCGCUAAACGCAUGUGCCUGGAGACUCUAACAACGUCUGCUGCAGCUUUGUUCUCGUCGUCAGAAGAUGAGGAAGACCAGUCAGCGCCAAUGAAGAAUCCUCUCUCUGGCAGAGCACAGUUUUCACCAGGCCUCGAUACCAGUGCCAGUAGCCUUGAAGUUGGUGUAACCGACGAAAGCUAUCGGUCUGAAUCAACCCUCACCCCCACAUCGGCGUCGUCAUCAGAGGAUGAAGGUGUAAAGAACUGGCUUGAAAAGAAGAUUAUUAUCAAUGAAUCCAGCUUCAUGUCACUAUUCAAAUUUUGCCAGAUCUGUGGGAAACCGAUUUCAUCGAAGACCAUCUUUGAUUCUGGGGCACAGAGGAGGGUGAAAUGGAUGUGUCUUGGGGGCCAUUCUGGGACCUGGACAUCUUCACCUGACGUAAGAGGAAUGCCAGAGGUUAAUCUCCUUUCAGCUGCAGCUGUUCUGUUCAGGGGCGGCACAUACACGGAACUCUCAGACUGGUGCCAAACCAUGGGACUCCAAAUGAUUGGAACAACUACGUUUUAUAACAUUCAGAAGGCGUACUUGCACCCUGCUUUUGAGAACGUGUAUAGGGAGAAAAGAACAGAACUCUUGGCAAGAGUUUAUUUGGAACAGGAAGAUGGGAAGAGUCCACAUUUGGCAGGUGAUGGCCGAUGUGACUUGCCAGGCUUCAAUGCAAAAUACUGCCACUACACUUUUAUGUUGGACGACACAAAGGAGAUACUCCACACAGAACUGGUGCAGUGUACAGAGGCCACCAGCUCCGGAGCCAUGGAGCCACUGGGUUUUACGAGAGGAAUGACUGAAAUUCUGGACUUGGGCCUUGACGUGGAGGUGAUGGCCACGGACCGCUCCUCAUCAAUACAAAAAAUAAUUUGGGAACAGUAUCCUAGUGUCCAGCACGAAUUUGACAUCUGGCACACAGCCAAAGGUUUCAGGAAAAAGAUGCUGAAGAAGGGGGAAAAAAGUGGGCAAUGAAAUCCUUCUUUCAUGGACCAGGUCAGU